ACCCAAACACCGAAACCUUUAAAAUCCUGCAGAGCGCAGUUUAGGAGUAUUCCUGGUUCUUGCACUGAUUCUUUCACACAGGAAGUGAGGCUCAGAGGCUGAAAUGAAUUCCAAUAUGAGAUCAUGUCUUAUCUUUGUGCUUGGUUUGACAUUCCAUCUCGUGAGUGGACAAAAUACAACAGAAUCCCCAACAACUGCCUGUGGAGACUUCAAAGUGUACAAAGAUUGUGGAAGCGCCUGCCCCCCAAGCUGCUCCACGUCUAACCCAACCAAUGAGUGUAUCGAGGAAUGUAUAAAGGGCUGCUUCUGCAUAGAUGGGUAUGUGGAAGAUGUAUCAAGGAACUGUAUCACUUUGGACUUGUGCAAGUCCUGCACAGGAAACACCACAUUCACUUCCUGCUCGUAUGAGCAACCUCAGAUAUGUGGUGAAGAGAAGGAGCCUCAGUCUGAAUUUGAGAAAGUGAAAUGUUAUAUUGGCUGUAUAUGUAAGUCUGGGUAUGUGCGACUGUCUGCAGACCAACUCACCUGUGUCCUUCCUGAAGACUGCCCUUCCACUAAGGCCACUCCCUGAACAAAUAUGUCAUUUUUUUUAACUAUUUUUAAUACUUUUUUGUGGACAUUGUCAGAUUCCUCUUAAUAUUCUCAUGGGAAAGGUGUAAGAAACCUGACUCAACUCUCACGCGCUGUACCCCAAUUUACCCUACCACUAUUGCUACAAAUGGGACUACUUGACAAUAAAUAAGACAAACAUGAUGGUUUCAUUAUUUGUUUUUUCUGAAAAGGAAAUAAAUAUAAUACUGAGCCUUACACAAGGGCAACAUUCUG